CAGCAUGGCGUGUGGGGAGAAGUACGCCACCUUGCCUGCCAGCACGCAGUCUGGCCCCAUGAAGCUCAUGAGUCUGGAAGAGGCGCAGGCUCGCUCUCUCAGUCCCAACCAUCCAGCGAUGAGAGAGAGACAAAGAGAGAACAGCCUUCCAGAUACAAGCACUGCUGCAAUGUACCACACAGUAAUAGAUCUGUCUGACAGCAGGAGAAAAUUCUCAGGAAAAUCUAAGAAGUGGAAGUCCAUCUUCAGUCUUGGGCGAUCUGUCAUCGACUCUAAAGGGAAGCUGAGUCGCAAUGGGAGUGUGUUUAUGAGAGCCCAAAAUCCCUCUGAAAAACCUGUUAUAAGGCCAUCCAAAAGCAUGGACUCUCUCUGUUCCUUUCAGGCAGCAGAUGAGCACAAAGCACCAACAGAAGGAAGCAAUGGUAUUUUUAUCCCAAGUCUAAAAUCCCGAACCCUGGGCUCGGAUAUCGACUACAAUCCAAACAAGAAGGAUCCAAAAUGGGACUCAGAUCCUCAUACUGCUUCGGGAGGAUGUGUGAAUGAGAAAAGAGAAAGAGCAUCAGAUGCCUCCUCUGCAUCUCCAUCUUUAUCCCCACUGCAGAAAACUCUUCCAGAACAGCUGAAGGUUUUCAAAGGUGAAGACCGCAGCGGCUGCCAGCCCACAUCUCCCAAAAACCGUCGGAUGCUGUAUUCUGGAUCUGCCAGUAGUGGAUCGUCUAGACCAUCUUUUCCAGGCAGCCUGUUUCCGCUGGAGUCGUCGCCGCGGCAACAACGGAAGGCCCUCAACAUUUCGGAACCCUUUGCGGUGUCUGUACCUUUGCGUGUGUCUGCAGUUAUUAACUCUAACAGCACCCCCUGCAGGGCACCAGGGAAAGAGCGGGACAGGGGUUUGGGGGGACUCUUUAAGCCCACUAAGGAGGCUGGGCCUCUGGAACCCCAUCGCAGUGAAAGUAUUGGCACUGCUGGAUUGCGUGUCCCCAGCAGAAGCAGCAGUGGGAACUUCACGUUCACAGACUGGGAGACUGGACUAGCAGGUCACUCCAGCAGCACUGGGUUCAGAGAGCACCUGCUCAGUGACAGCAGCGGAGGCAGCGGAUGCAGUAUCUAUAGCAACAGCAGCCCUUUCCCCGCGGAAAAUGAGGAUCAGACUGGGGAAAGAGAUAUUACAGAUGCGCUCACUCUGGGGACAACAAAGAGUAUGACGAUUGGUCAGUGUGUGU